UUCCCCGCGACCCCGGCGGCGCCCCCGGGCCCGCCCCCGCCAUCCCCGCUCCCACCGCGGCGCCUCGUCUCUCGCCCGCUUCCCCGCGAGCCCGCAGCCCCCGGGGCUCCCGCCAUCCGCGAGCGCCGGGAGCCCGGCCUCCCCGCGCCCUGCCCUCCGCGCCGGGGGCCGCCCGCCGCAGACACGGGACCAGUUUCGAGGCCGCUUUGGCGCCAAAUCCUGAGGUACCUCGUGCACAGACCUCUCGUCCAGAAUCUCCAGGGAUGACCAGCCCCUCCCCACGCAUCCAGAUAAUCUCCACCGACUCUGCGGUAUCCUCACCUCAGCGCAUUCAGAUUGUGACAGACCAGCAGACAGGACAGAAGAUCCAGAUAGUCACCGCAGUGGACGCCUCUGGAUCUCCGAAACAGCAGUUCAUCUUGACCAGCCCUGAUGGAGCUGGAACUGGGAAGGUGAUCCUGGCUUCCCCAGAAACAUCCAGCGCCAAGCAACUCAUUUUUACCACUUCAGACAACCUUGUCCCUGGCCGGAUCCAGAUCGUCACGGAUUCUGCUUCUGUCGAGCGUUUGCUGGGGAAGGCAGACGUCCAGCGGCCCCAGGUGGUAGAGUACUGUGUGGUCUGUGGAGACAAAGCCUCUGGUCGUCACUAUGGGGCUGUCAGUUGUGAAGGUUGCAAAGGUUUCUUCAAAAGAAGCGUAAGGAAAAAUUUGACCUACAGCUGCAGGAGCAACCAAGACUGCAUCAUCAAUAAACACCAUCGGAACCGCUGUCAGUUUUGCCGGCUGAAAAAAUGCUUAGAGAUGGGCAUGAAGAUGGAAUCCGUACAGAGUGAACGGAAGCCCUUUGAUGUGCAACGGGAGAAACCAAGCAAUUGUGCUGCCUCAACUGAGAAAAUCUAUAUCCGGAAAGACCUGAGAAGUCCUUUAAUAGCCACACCCACGUUUGUGGCAGACAAAGAUGGAGCAAGACAAACAGGUCUUCUUGAUCCAGGGAUGCUUGUGAACAUCCAGCAGCCUUUGAUACGUGAGGAUGGUACGGUGCUCCUGGCCACGGAUUCCAAGGCUGAAACAAGCCAGGGAGCUCUGGGUACACUGGCUAAUGUAGUGACCUCCCUUGCCAACCUCAGUGAAUCCCUUAACAAUGGUGACACUUCAGAAAUCCAGCCAGAGGACCAGUCUGCAAGUGAGAUCACCCGGGCAUUUGAUACCUUAGCUAAAGCACUUAAUACCACAGACAGCUCCUCACCUCCAAGCCUGGCCGACGGGAUAGACACCAGCGGAGGAGGAAGUAUCCACGUCAUCAGCAGAGACCAGUCCACACCCAUCAUUGAAGUUGAAGGCCCCCUCCUUUCAGACACACACGUCACCUUUAAGCUGACGAUGCCCAGCCCGAUGCCCGAGUACCUCAAUGUGCACUACAUCUGCGAGUCUGCGUCCCGCCUGCUUUUCCUCUCGAUGCACUGGGCUCGGUCAAUCCCAGCCUUUCAGGCACUUGGGCAGGACUGCAACACCAGCCUCGUGCGGGCCUGCUGGAAUGAGCUCUUCACCCUCGGCCUGGCCCAGUGUGCCCAGGUCAUGAGUCUCUCCACCAUCCUGGCCGCUAUCGUCAACCACCUGCAAAACAGUAUCCAGGAAGAUAAACUUUCUGGCGACCGGAUAAAGCAAGUCAUGGAACACAUCUGGAAGCUGCAGGAGUUCUGUAACAGUAUGGCGAAGCUGGAUAUAGACGGCUAUGAGUAUGCAUACCUUAAAGCUAUAGUUCUCUUUAGCCCCGAUCAUCCAGGUUUGACCAGCACAAGCCAGAUUGAAAAAUUUCAGGAAAAGGCACAGAUGGAGUUGCAGGACUAUGUUCAGAAAACCUACUCGGAAGACACCUACCGAUUGGCCCGGAUUCUCGUCCGCCUGCCGGCACUCAGGCUCAUGAGCUCCAACAUAACAGAAGAACUUUUUUUUACUGGUCUCAUUGGCAAUGUUUCAAUAGACAGCAUAAUUCCCUAUAUCCUCAAGAUGGAGACGGCAGAGUAUAACGGCCAGAUCACUGGGGCCAGUCUAUAGUGUCCACCACGCACUUGCAGAGGAGUAAAGGAAUCCUCCCAGAACUGCUCAGAUACCAAGAGAAAAAAAGUACUGGCAUUUUGGUAUGUGCAUAUAUUUCCAGAAUGUUAGCCAUUUCCUACCUGGUUUCUUCUUGUGUAUUAAUUCCUGACAAUAGCAACUAAAAGAAUAGUAGGAUCCUUUCCUGCCAUGAGAUAGUUUUAAUGCCUUUUGAUGAAGCAGCAGAUUUUGGAGCAAUCUUUUAACUCAAUUUGUAUUUAGAAAUUCUCAAAGGGCAAAAAACAAAAAAAGUUUUAUAACGUCAGAGACUAGUAUUAAACUAAAAGAACCUAAGAGAACAGUAUGUGUGUAUAUAUAUUAAAAAUGUCCUUGGAAUUAAUAGCUACUAAUUACCAGGGUAAUAAUAAUAUUAGCACUUUCUAAGCACUUCUUGUCAAUGUGUAAUGUUAGCAACAUCUUGCCUGUGGGCAGGGCAAGUGGAAAACUGUAUAUGUCUUUUGCCGAAAUGCUAAUGAUUUCUGUGAAAACUCAUUAGGGUACAGGAGACAAUCAUUUAUGUUUAAGAAGGCAUCAUUCCUAAUUUUAUGCACAUAUUGGUGGUGGUGAGCCAAAUUCCUAUGAACGAAUGAAAACCUGGCUUCUUUGCAGCAUGCAGUAAAUGGAAGUCUGGUAGCACAAUCGGUGACCCAAACCAAAAGCUUCCAGCCAGAGUUGAAUCUUGGCAGGUUCCCUGUUCUCUUGUGAGUGUCUGCAGACUCCUCAGGGACCUGCUUCUCUUGUGAUGACUGGUUCUAAAAACCAGAUGGCAACUCAGUCUGAGAUGAACUGCCAAACAAGACAUGCAAUUCCUCUGGCAACCAAGAACAUCCCCAAAGCUCCACUACGGCUCAUGGCACACAGGCCUUCUGACCAGAAAGCACCAGGUGGGGAUCUUGAAUGUACUUCCUGAAUGCGAUCUGGGGUGGCUGCAUGUUGUUCAGAUGGAGUGUGGCUUUCUUUGAGUGUGAGGGUCCCUUCCUAGAGGUUUCCAUUCGGAAUGUUCCUUUGAGAAGGGCUUGCGUUCCUGCAGUUGAGUCGGAACCGAGUGGUUGGAUUGGAGCUGUACCGGAUGUCUUGCCUGGCCAGGACAGCCAAGGCCUGAAGCUGAAGGGAAGGUUUCGAGUUUCUCCCUGUUGACCUUAAAACAUCAGGGUUUUUCAAAAUGUCCCCAGAAUCAGCAUUUCUGUCGGCAGGACUUUUAAUGGUGCUGGUACACUGUGCACUUUGGUUCCCCGGGCGUGUGCCAGCAGACAGCCCCUGGAGCAUUUUAAAUGGUGGAUGCAGAAGCAGGCUCCUGCUCCUUAAAAAACAGCAUUCAGUUCCCCAGGUUAUAUUGUUUCUCGUCAUAAAUUAUAGCAACUAUAAUUUACAGGAACAGAAUAUGAUUAUAAGGAAGUUUUAUCUAGAGUAGAGUAACCAUAAAUUCCCAUGGAUAUGAUAAGCAGCAAGCGUUUCCCAUUUGGGAAAAGUGGCAUGUCAAAGACUGGGUCAAGUACUUUGCAUUUUUUUUUGUAUUGCCAGAUUACAAAAAUAGAUCCUGUAAGGUCAAAUUUGUACCUCUUGAACCUUCAGAUCAGAUGUCCAGAAAGAUCCCAAUUCACUCUCCUCCUGUGCAGACGCUCUCUGAUCUGGCGUAGGCACACAGUGUCCAGGCUGGUGCCUCACGUGGCCCAAACUGCAGAGGGGUCUGCCCAGGACAGUACUGGGUAGGGGCGGGAGGCCUGUGCCAGGCAAGGCAACCUCAGGAGUCCCUGUGGUGCCGUGUUGGACAAGCUGAAAGUUGCCCCACGUUUAAGGCAAAAGUGGGAUGCUUUAUCCUAAAAUACGUGUUAGCAGCACCUUAUGAAAGUCAUUGUUAGUGAGAUUUAAGUGGCAACACUAUCUCCAGCUUCUAAAUUCCCACCUGAGUCUAAUUAUAUAAUUGAUAGUUCAUGCCUUGGAAGCAAAUUUUAUAGAAUAGUAAGGGUGACAAUUAUAAAAUGAUGGAAAGGAUUUAAUUUUACCAGCUUAAUUUUUAGUUUUCUGACUCUAAAAUGUACUGAAUUUCAAAAUUAAAACUAGAAGUGUGCCAAGACAAUAGAGUCAGGGUGGGCCUGUUUCAUUUCUGCUUGUGAAGUAUUUUGGUAGAGGGCAUUUUGAAGCCCAUUUACGCAUCUUAUCCAAAGUAUUGCCUAUUUUUCUCUUGUUUUGACUUUUGAACGUAAGCAUGUCUGUUGAUCAUGUAGUAAUUCCCUGGGAAUAUAUGUGGGCUCAUCUUUCAGAUACGAGUUCUCAGUGUUAGUGGAAAGGUCCACAGCCAGGGCAGCCUGUGUCCACUCUGCUGCUUAGACUCGACUGCCUUGAGAUACUGGGGCAGCUUAGCCAAGACCCAGCCUGGGGUCCCAAGGAUGCCACCGUUUAGAUAUGAUGGGAACGGGUGGUGAUAACCGGCAGGAAGACAAUGAAUACUUGGUCAAGGAGGUGCCAGGCUCCAGCCCUGGAAGAAAACAGGUGUCAGCUUGGAAAGUUGCUGAUUCGAACCUGGUCCUGCCCCUUGCAUCCCUUCAGUGGUGGUGGUUGACUGUAGUUUACCAUCUGGGUUUUGAACCCUCUCUCCUUAAUUUCCCAGAUCCUC